CGGAGCGCCAGACACAUGAUGAGGAUGAGAGUGACUCAACAUUCAGGUGCGGCGGCCUCAGAUGGGUGGAACUGAUCCCUGUGGCCGCUUACACACUAGUUGACACUGUCCGAACUUCUCCUAAAAACACUGGAUUUCCCUGAUCCCAGUAUACUGCAGUAGGAUACAUCGACACCGACUGUCCAGCCCAGCAGGGGACUUGAGCCGAGUCUUCAGUGUUUUUUUUUCCUUCGGAGUGCUCGGGAGAUAUGUGGUUAAAAGUGCCCUCGGAUUAGGGCUUAAACCAAGAGGGAUGUAUCUCAAUUUCCCCUGUUACCCUAGAUUCCUACAGUGACAUGGAGUAACAAUUUUCUCUAGAGUGAGGGGAACUACCAGUCCAUUGGAUAACUGUCAGAAUGGGAUUAUUGUUAGCGAGAUGCCACCUGCAUUUCUGAGAAAUCAAGAUUUGGACACAACUUGUAUCUCCAACAAACCACCCUGUGCUCCAGAUAACUUUGUUUUUAACGCAACAUAACUCAGAAUUAUAAACACUAUCAGCAGUUAAAUAUCUUAAGUGCUCACUUUAAUCUCAUUCAUUUGAUACUUCAUCACAACCAUGUGAUAAUCUUUUUGCAGUAAAGGGUGAAUCGACGAAGAGGACAUUUCAAAUAGAUUUUAACUAUAAAUUCAGAAAGCUGUGGAAAUACAACUGAAAAUGUACAUUUAGUUUAAAGAUGAACAAGGAGUAUUGCCCUGAGAGUGUAAACAUAGCACAGCCAAUGCCAUGUCUAUGGAAUGCAAAAGUCAGCUGUGAUUAAUAAAUGGGAAUGCACUGGAAUCAGCUGGCAGCAGUAAAUUCGUUUUGCUGAUGCUUCAGUUCAAGCUUGACUCUGAGGAAAACUGGAAUGACAAGGAUAUGAUGCUUGCAGUGUUUCACCCAAAACACACUACACUGAAUUUCCUUGGACUUUAAGACAUAGUAAAAGUGAUAUCGAGGAGCUGAAAGCUAUGAAACUUGUUUCAUGAGGACACAUUUUCAAAGACAACUUGAAAAGACGGGAAACAGGAAUGGCAGGAAAAGACUACCAUCACCUCUUCAAGCUGCUCAUCAUUGGUGACUCCAAUGUAGGGAAAAGCAGUUUGCUUCUACGAUUUGCAGACAAUUCAUUCUCUGGCAGUUACAUAACCACUAUUGGAGUUGACUUUAAGAUCCGGACAGUAGAGAUUGAUGGAGAAAGAGUGAAACUCCAGAUCUGGGACACUGCAGGGCAGGAAAGGUUCAGAACCAUCACCUCUACGUAUUACAGAAACACUCAUGGUGUCAUCAUUGUUUAUGACGUCACAAACCCUGAAUCGUUCAUCAAUGUGAAACGAUGGUUGAAUGAGAUCUCGCAGAACUGCGACAAUGUCUGCAAAAUCUUAGUGGGAAACAAGAAUGAUGACCCUUCUAAAAAGCUUGUGGAUGCCCAAGAUGCUCUGCGCUUUGGAGAGUCCGUUAACGUAAGAUUAUUUGAGACAAGUGCUAAAGAAAAUAUCAAUGUAGAGGAGAUGUUCAUGGCCUUUACCCACAUGGUCCUUCGGGCGAAGAAACACAGCCAGAGUCGAGCAGAAAGAGAGAGGGAGAGAGAAAAGGACACUGUUCAUAUCAAUUCUCACAGGGACCGAGAGAGGAGGAAGAAAGGGAAGAAAUGCUGUUAGAGCAGAGGUGCAAACAGGAAGAGGGACAAAUCAAACUCCUUUGCAUCAAGGCAGUUUGCAGCUCCAAACAUUUUUUUAUGUUAGCAUUGCACUUAGAUAAAGACAAGAGGAUGAAAACUAAUCCACUAUUAAGUGCCGAACAACAAUUUUUUUUUUUACAUAGAUGUUUAUCAAUGUCAUAUUUGUUUUUUAAAAUGGGGCUUUACUUGCAUCAGCAGUCUGGUCAAGGAAAGACACUACCCACAAAACUGGUGUCAUGUGAUCCACUGUGAUUAGUGAGAGAAAGUGUUUCAUGUUGGAUUAAAAUUUAGUUGGUUUAUGUCAAUAAUGUAUUAAAAUAAAAAUUAGCAAUAAAACCUGACUUUGAAAUUACAAAAGUCACAACAAUGUUCAUUUGUAACAUCUUGAAAUUAUGAAAGUGGCAUGGCUUUCUUCAUCCAACACUCUGCAAGUCAACUCAAGACAUAUAAAAUAUGUCUUGAGUUAUUUUUGCCAUACAAAUUAAAUGGUGAAAGUUCUCAUGACCUCUGUUGUCAAGAUUAAUCAUUAUGUUUGUUGAACAUUAAAAAAUGUCCAUUCUUAAAGGGUGAAAAUUAAAAAUUCUCAAAUAUUCACCCUCAUGCCAUCCCAGAUGUUUUUCUGUCUUCUGCUGAUCACAAGAUUUUUAAAAGAAUAUUUCAGCUCUGUAUGUACAAACAAUGCAAGUGAAUGGUGAUCAGAACUUUGAAGCUCCAAACAGCACAUACAGGCAGCAUAAAAGUAAGCCAUAAGACAGUGGUUAAAUCUCUUCAGAAGUGAUAUGAUAGGUUUGGGUGAGAAAUGUUUAUUCUUUUACUAUCUUUAACUUUCACUUUCACAUUGUUUUUUUGAUUUGGGCGAUUUGCAUUCUUCAUGCAUAUCAGCAUCUACUGGGCAGGGAGGAGAAUUUAUAGUAAAAAAAAAAAAAGCACUGAAAGGGAUAGUUCACCCAAAAAUGAAAAAUAUCAUCAUUUACUCACCCUCAUGCCAUCCCAGAUGUGUAUGACCUUCUUUCUUGAUUUUUAUAAGAAUAUUUCAGCUCAAUAGGUACAUACAGUGUAAGUGAAUGGGUACCCAAAUUUUGAAGCCAAAAAUUACAUGAAGGCAGCUUAAAAUUAAUCCAUAUGCAGGGUUUGGAGGGUUACUUUUGAAAUGUAUUUCACUACAGAUUACAGAAUACAUGCUGUCAAAUGUAAUUUGUAACAUUCCAUUAGAUUACUCAAGGUCAGUAACGUAUUCGAAAUACUUUGGAUUACUUCUUCAGCACUGGUAGAUUUUUUUCACUUGUUUUGACUAUAAAAACUCUGUCAGUACAGUAAGACAAAAUACACGUUAAAAAUAUAUUCUCGGAAACAUUACGUUGCAGUGUUGUUUCUAAAACAAUAUGAAUCAAAUUAAUCUUGUUUACAGGAUUUUUAUAUAUUUUUACAGGAAAACAAUAAAAAAAUAUAUCAAGAAUAUGAUUUUUGCCCUAAUAUCAAAGGUCUUACUAAAAAAAUAAAUUAUGAACCGACGUGAAUUUUCUUGAUGAAAAAUUAUCAUUGAUGAGAAAAAUUCUCAAAUUCUCAUGCUCAUAUGAAUGUAACACAUCAUAAGAAUGUUUCACCACUGUUCAAAUGCACUUUGGAUCGAGUCAUUUAUAUGUAUAAAUGUUUUACAUCUAAAAGGACUAAAUAUUAAAUAAAAAACAAAUGACAAUAAAAUGCAAAGUAAUCUCUUCAAUAGUCAAAAUACUUUUUAAAUGUAACUGUAUUCUAAUUACCAAUGGUUUAAAUUGUAACUAUUGGAAUACAUUUACUUAUAUUUUGUAUUUUAUAUACGCAUUCCCGUUACAUGUAUUCCAUUACUCCCCAACCCUGUCCACAUGACCACAGUAAAUCCAUAUCUUCAGAAGUGAUAUAAUAGGUGUAAGAAACAGAUCAAUACUGAAGUCAUUGUUAACUAAAAAUCUCCACUUUCACAUUUAUCUUUUCUUUUGGGUUAUUUGCAUUCUUCAUGCAUAUCAACAUCUACUUGGCAGUGAGGAGAAAUGAUAGUGAAAAAGGACUUAAAAAUGUAUUUGUAUCUCACUCACGCCUAUUAUAUUGUGUCUGAAGAUAUUUGCUACGUCCCAUUCAGAAGUGAUCAUCCCUAUGCCACAUUCCCUUUGAAGACUUUACCAUCCACUGUGAGAGCUUUGGAGGGCUAAAAGGUGUGGGGCUAAAAAAUAAUGGUCAUUCGGAACUCACUUUGUUGACUGAAAUGUAUUUUAGAAGCGAUCUUACAGCUUGACUAUCAUGCUUGUUUUCCAUUCAAAGUGCCCUUCGGAGGUUGAUUUAUCCAAUUUGGAAUGCAGGGAUAGAUUUAACCAGUGGAGUUGUAAGGAUUGCUUUUAUGAUGCCUUUAUGUGCUUUGUGGAGCUUCAACAUUUUGGUCACAAUUCACUUGCAUUGUAUGGAUAGACAGAGUUGAGAUAUUCUUCUAUAAAUCUUCAUUUGUGUUCAGCAGAAGAAAGAAAUUCAUUCACAUCUGGGAUGGCAUGAGGGUGAGUAAAUGAUGUGAGAAAUUUUUGGGGGUGAACUAUCCCUUUUAACUAUUUGUAGUCAGUGCAUGAACAUUUUGUUACUUUGACAGUGAGCUCUGUUGUGUCAGCUGACUGGUGACGUAGGUUGAUGACAUCACCGCACCAAUGGCCUCGAGAUUUCCUGUCUGAAAUAGAAGUGCUGCAGUCCAUCUAAUUGGAUGAACUUAGUGUUACUCAGAAAGAUGAGGGAGGAUGGAUGGUCAGUCUGGUGCUCUAUCACUCCACUGCAGAGGACUGUCUCUCUCAGUUUGUUCCUCUCACUCUGACAAUGGAUAUGGAUUCAGAGUAUCCACAUUCAUCUCCUUGCUUCUCCAUUCACAAUCCACGUGGACUCUCAGAUGAUAAACUGCUCAGACAUGAUGUCAUGACGCAUAGAGGAACGACAUAAGCCAGCGAUUUCACAGCAAAUCCAACCCGACAGCUCAAAAUACAAAUUAUUUUUAUAGGCUUACUGAAAUGAAUCGAGGUAAGGUAAGGACAUCGUUUUGAAAACUGAUUGUUUAUGUACUUAAUCAAUAAUGGCAAUUUGUUCAUUUUUGAUCAAACAAUCGUACAUAGUGCAGCUUUAAAAAUAAGAUAGCACAAAGAAUGUUUAAACAAAACAUUUCACAAAAAGUAAUGUUUGUUGUUUUAAAAUGAUAAAAUAAUUAAUUAGGGCUGUGCCGAUACAAUCAUAUAUCGAUAUAUCGCAAUAAUUUUUCUCACAAUACUAUAUCGAUACUUCUCAAUCCAUGUGUUGAUAUUUUUAUUAAAUCUGAUGUAAUUUCUGCAACUCUAGCACCACCAAAUGGAAUUGAUAAAAUAAACAAAUGUUUUCAAAACAGCUUUCUGAAUAUGCUCCCAAUCUGCUGUUGGUCAAACAAAGAGAAAGCCCCUAGGUCUAAACAGUUUGCUCAAAACAGGAACUGAAAACAGAAUUGUUUUCAGUUUUCUAGAAAAUUGACCUAUGAAUGGUCUACUUAUAGUUUUCUCUGCAUAUUAAGUUGGGAUAAGAGAAAAUAUUUUUACACUGAAAAAGUUACAUCAGUUUUAAACUAUUUUAGUAUUCAUAUAAUGUUCAACAUUGAAGGAGCAGGUUUCUCUCACUGACAGGCUAGGCCUUUCUUAUGCAUUUGCUACUGUUUCAAUCGCAAUCUAUUAUUAAAUCAUAAUUUAUUGCUAUAUAUUGAUUCGUUAUUGAAUUGUUACAUAUGUUUUACAAUAAGUAUCAUGUCACUUGGUUUGAUUUUUUGUUCUAAUGCAGUGAAAUUAAUGCAUAUUUAAGUCUGGCUUAAGUGUUCAAGCACUUUUUAAGGCCACUUUAAAAAGGGCUAUGAGAUGUGCUUUGAAGGAAAGAAUAAUCUUUUAAAUAAAUUAAAAAAAAAAAUCUCAUUAACAUGAGUUGGCUGUUGUUUGCCCCGUGUCUCUAUGAUGUGGGUGCCCCCGGCUCUUACUUCACCCAGGUAAGACAUGCAAACACACUAUAUAAUUUUAUGUGGACAGUGUUGGCAAUACUGUGAAACUUAACAUGCUUGUGCAUGCGAGUUAAAUCAUUGUUGAAAAUGCCACGUGGACAAAGUCUCUCUUGUGUUCAGUGCCAAGCAGUAGAUUUUUUUUUAAACAAUGCGUCAUUGUCCUGUGAGAAAUCUCUCUUGUUGUGAAGCCUGUUGUGUACAGGACGUCUAGAUGAAAAGCUGAACACUCCUAUGUAUGCUCACUGGUGACAUGCUGUGGAUACACAUGGACAUUGUGUUUAUUAUUCCGUCACACACAGCGGGAGAAUGCAGGCAUUGGUGGGGAAUUCAAAAAGAAAUGGGCAGAGCGCCAGAAGAUUUUGGAAUGGCAGAAGGAAAAGGGUGGAGUUAUUGACACGGAAGCAGAGUCUAAUCGGUUCCUCGUUCACAUUAAUGAGGUUCAAGCUAGUCCUUCUGACACCCCUGGAAAAGAUGCAUAAGGUGCUGAGUCUAGUCCGUCACUCUCUGCCUUGUCCCCAAAUACCACCAAUUAAUUCCAAGCUUCUCUAAAUCAUCCCCCUGAAGGGUAGUCACAGUGUCAAUACAGUCAUGAUUGGAGGCAACAAGGUGCCUUCAAGAGAGGUCAUAGAGGAAGAGGAGGUGGAUCGGCACGUCACGCAAUACCUACACCAGUGGUGGCACGCUUCAACAAGUUCAAUUGUGUCAACUCUGCCCUACUGAACAACACAUCACAAGUAGAAAACACAGCACAAGGAGAGUCAUGUGCACUCAAUGAUAAUACGGCGCAGCUCAGGCAACCUUUGACCUUUGAAGAAAAAACUGCUUCUACAGACAAGUUUACUUCCAGUAAAUCCAGGGUAAUGUUCCAGCAGCUCAUCUGGUAGAGCAUGGUGAAAACAUCGCCAAGAUCAUGGGUAGAUUCACAGGGAACACACAAACUGAUAAAAUGUUUACCUUGAAAACACUUGUGAAUUUUGCUGAAAAACAGAGAGUGUAACAAAUAAAACAUACUGGAAAUAUGUUUAUGACUUGAUUGUAUUGCCGUUUUAUCAACGUAUGUAGAUGAUCCAGUCUACAGCUCUCGAGCCAACAGUACACUGAUCUGAGGACAGCAGAUCUUGAUUCAACAGUGCAUUGAGUCGUUCGCAGCAGUUUUCGAGUCAACAGUACACUGAUCUGAGGACAACAGCUCUUGAUUCAACAGUACUUUGAGUCAUUCACAGCUGUUCUCGAGUCAACUGUACACUGAUCCGAGGACAGCUGUUCUUGAGUCAUCAGUAUAUUGAGUCGUUCACAGCAGUUCUCGCAUCAACAGUACACUGAUCUGAGGACAGCAGCUCUUGAUUCAACAGUACAUUGAGUCAUUCACAGCAGUUCUCGAGCCAGCAGAACAAUGAACUGAGGACAGCAGUUCUCGAUUUAACAGUACACUGAUGCGAGGACAGCAGCUCUUGAGUCAACAGUCCAUUGAGUCGUUCACAGCAGUUCUCAAGUCAGCAGUGCACUGAUCCGAGAACAGCAGGUCUUGGGUCAGCAGUACAUUGAGUGGAUCACAGCAGUUUGCGGGUCACCAGAACACUGAACUGAGAAUCGCCUCUUUCAGACAUAAUACUGAGAACAGCUGAUCAGUAAGCAGCUGAUGAGCAUUUGUGAACCAAGGACUUGAAUGAGGGGGUGAAACGUUUCAGUCGAGAGAUGUAAAUAAAUAUUACUAUUAUUGUGCAUGCAGAUUAUAUCUGAAGUUGUGAUGAGCUGGAUCAUAGUUUCUGUAAAAAAGGUUAAGUUGAUUAAGACUAAUCACUUUUUAUGCUUUAAACAUGUGUAGAAGAUCCAUGUUUG